AUGAGAUAUGCAUCGUCAAAACAAAUCUGUUCGAACUAUGGAAUACCAAAGAACAUCCCACUUACAAAUGCUAAUAUUCCUGAUAUGAGAACAACAGCUGCAAAGGAAUGGGUCAAACAGCAAGCUCAACGUGGCGAUGAUGGAAUUCCAGGAUGGAUACCCAAAACUAAAGAUGAUCGUCCUGAUUUUUCCAAACCAAUAGUAAAAGAAUACUUGAAAUGGAAGGAUAGCAGUGUAAUCACUUAUGUUCCUGAUAAACGAUUAGCUUAUUAUCUUCAAAAACUACAAGACUCGUCCUUUCGAAACCUUGUGCAAAAUGCAAGACGAUAUGAAGUUCAAAUGCCACGCUAUGUAAUCUUGCCUGAAACACAAGAAAUUCGGCGUCAAGUGUGCCGAUUAACCAAAAAUUCUACCACCGACGAUGAUGAUUACGAUAUCUUUAGUGAAGUUUCAGAAUCGGUUCCAGUGAUUGAUUAUCGAGAUUUAAACAUCAAUCCAGAUGGUAAAUUAGGUACAGGCGGAUUCGGUAUUGUCUACAAGGGCACUUGGAAUAAUCGGACUGUGGCAGUAAAACAAUUACACUUGAAUAAACCGACACGAAGAGACAAGAUUUCCUUCGUGAAAGAGGUUAAAAUCAUGUCUAUGCUAGGUGAACAUCCAAAUUUAGUCUCUCUGUAUGGCUAUGUAUUGGAACCACCUUGUAUCGUCAUGGAGUAUGUUAAAUUACGUUCUUUAAAUUAUCUGCUGAAUCAUUGUCAAGAUCCAACGAUCGAAGCCACCAUAACAGACGGUAGAAUAAAGAAGAAAAUUAUUCUGAACGUUGUGCUUGGAAUGAUUCAAUUGCAUGCUGUCGGUGUUGUUCAUGGCGAUUUGAAACCGCACAAUGUUUUGAUUACCGAAGAUUACAUAGCUAAAGUGACAGAUUUUGGACUUGCAACUCUGCGCGGAAAAACAUCAGCUUCUAUUGGCACUUCUGUCGCACCCUUUAACGGCGGUGGUCACGCUGUUGGUGGUACUCCCGCUUACAUGGCUCCAGAACUGUUGAGUAGUUCGAAGCCACCAGAAUUCUCCAGUGAUGUAUAUUCAUUUGGUAUCAUGCUGAACGAAGUUAUUCAAGAGGAACAACCAUAUUCCGAUCAACUUCGAAACUUUCUUAGACGAGGACCCUUUGCUGUCGCAAAUUAUGCCAGAUUAGUUGGAGGUCCUGAUCAAUUUCGUUUGUUAGAAUAUCUAUUGGCUAAUAACCGAUAUAACCGAAUUGUACGACCUGUUCAAAAUGACUCUGACACAUUACCGGUUACUAUAAAUUUGGCUUUGCAAAACAUCAUUGAUUAUGAUGAAAGACACGAAGCUGUUGUCAUUAGUGGCUGGAUGACUAUCAUGUGGAAUGAUUAUAAUUUAAGAUGGAAACCAGAAGAGUUUGGUAAUAUUCAAACACUACGAAUACCAAGUAAACAAAUUUGGACACUAGAUAUUCUCUUAUACAAUAGUGCCGAUGAAAAUUUUGAUAUUACAAUGAAAGUCAAUGCCAUUGUGCAACAUAAUGGUGAUAUACAAUAUGUUCCACCAGUAUUAUUCAAAUCAAUUUGUUCAUUUAAUAUUGCUGCAUUUCCAUUUGUAAUGCCUUGUUUUAUUAUUAGUUGUAUGACAAUAUUUGGAUUUUUAUUAUCACCAGAUAGUGGUGAAAAAUUAACCUUGCAUAUUACAACUCUUCUCACUGUUGUUAUGUUCAGUUUACUUCUCGCAGAUAUUCUUCCACCAAGUUCAAAUGCUAUACCGAUUAUUAUUGCUUAUUUCAUGUGUGUUAUGAUUAUAUCAGCAGUUUCAGUUGUUACAACAAUAUUAAUAUUAUCAGUUCAUUUUCGAAACUCUAAAAAUCAUACGAUGUCAGUUCGUAAGUAUAUUUGUAAUUAUUUAGCAUGGCUAUUACUUAUGAAGCGUCCCGGUCAUGAUUUGAGUUGGUGUAGGAUUCGUCGUCAAUGGACUUCUCCAAAACAAGAAUCGAAUAAUGUAAAUAAAUCGAUCGAUAAUCGUCAUUCGAAGAUUUUUCCUGAACCAUCAUUGAAUAAUACAUUCGAGUUGUUAUCAACUAAUGUUGACAAGAAACCUUCAGAAUUCUUAGAAAAUCAAAAUACAUCAAAAGAAUUGUAUACAUGUGAUAUGGAUAUGAUUCGUUCUGAGCUACGCGCUAUUAUUUCUCAACUUGCUAUUCUCGUUAAUUAUUUUCGACAAAAAGACAAAGAUGAUGAUCAGUCUCAAGAUUGGCAAUUUGUGGCAAUGGUCAUCGAUCGUCUUUGUCUAGUGAUUUUUGCUACAAUCAUGCUUCUUUUCACUGUACUUACUUUUCUCAACAUUUAA